AAGCCCAAAACUAUAGCCUUAGAUUUUUGGAACCCAGAGUUCAUCUUCAACCUCUAUCCGGGUCGUUUUGACCCGAUUUCAGUCCCAUCACGUUUCCGCCAUUACAGACAGCUCCAAAUACAGAUCUGAUAAUCAAGAUCUGCAACAAUGUUAUUUGACAAUUUUAUUGCAGAUUCCGAGAAGCAACAAGGCAGAGAUGAACUAAAAAUGUAAGUAAUUUACAUUAUUCGGAACAUGUAAUUACUACUAUGAAUUUUCUGCUUUCGUAGUUGUGAUUUUGGGCAUUUGUUGCCCAAAACCCUAAAUGUUUAGCGAUGUUGGCGUCUAAAGUUGCUAUAUUGUUGGCUAAGCGUAUGACAAUCAACCAAUCAAAGCAAAUCCAUGCUGCAAUACUUGUUAAUGGUCUUUUUGAUCUUGAGUCCUUGCUAGUUCAGCAGAUAAUCAACUCUGCAAGUAGUUACUCUUAUUAUACCUCACACUAUAUUAAACUAGUCCUCAGUCAUGUGCAAAAUUUAGAUGUCUUCUCGGUGGCGUCUACCAUCCGAUUCUAUUCUAGGCAUUGUCAGUUCAGGGAGGCUGUUAAUUUAUAUGGAAAACUGCAGAGAUGUGGACUUAGUCCGAGCACGUUUGCUGUAUCGUCUUCUUUAAAGGCUUGUGCAAGGAUUUUGUAUAGGUCUGGUGGGAUAUCGAUUCAUGCACAAGUUUAUAAGUAUGGUUUUUGUAAUGUUGUUUAUGUGCAGACAGCUCUAGUAGAUUUUUACUCGAAAGUAGGUAAUAUGGAUUUUGCCCGAAGCAUAUUUAAUGAGAUGGUUGAGAAAAAUAUAGUAUCGUGGAAUUCAUUGCUAGGUGGAUAUGUAAAAUCUGGUGACUUAACAAUGGCACAAAGUGUUUUUGAUGAGAUGCCGGAGAAAGAUGUUAUUUCGUGGAACUCCAUGGUUUCUGGGUAUGCGAGGAUGGGGAAUAUAGAGCGGGCAUAUGCAUUGUUUAGACAGAUGCCAGAGAGAAGUUCUGCCUCUUGGAAUGCAAUGAUUAGAGGAUAUAUAGACUGUGGGAAGAUAGAAUUAGCACGUAGUUUCUUUGAGGCAAUGGACCAAAAGAACAAUGUUUCAUAUAUCAUAUUGAUUUCGGGAUACUCAAAAAGUGGAGAUGUUGAAUCUGCUGAGGAACUCUUUGGACAAUUACAUAAGAAAGAUCAACUAGUAUAUAAUUCCAUGAUAGCUUGUUAUGCUCAAAACAGCCGGGCAAAAGAGGCUCUGCAGCUGUUCAAUGAAAUGCUUCGAUUAGAUUUGCAACCUGAUGAAAUGACUUUGGCAAGUGCUAUUUCUGCUUGUUCUCAGCUAGGAGAUCUAAAGUUUGGUUCUUGGAUCGAGUCGUUCAUUCAUGAAACUGGAAUUCAAAUGGAUGACUUCUUGGCCACUAGUUUGAUUGACCUUUAUGCAAAAUGUGGAAGUAUUGAUAAAGCUCACAAGCUGUUCCAUGGCUUGAAAAAGAAAGAUUUGGUAGCAUAUACUGCCAUGAUACUGGGAUGUGGAAUAAAUGGUAGGGCUAAUGAUGCCAUCAAGUUGUUUGAUGAGAUGAUGAAUGCUGAAAUUAACCCAAACAUAGUCACAAUCACAGGGAUAUUGACUGCCUACAGUCACAUUGGAAUGGUAGAAGAAGCAUACCGUUGUUUUAUUUCCUUACAGAAGUAUGGUCUUUCUCCCUCAGUUGACCAUUAUGCUAUAGUAGUUGACCUUUUAAGUAGGGCAGGGCGGUUAGAAGAAGCACAUGGGUUGAUUAAAAGCAUGUCAAUACAGCCUCAUGCUGGUGUGUGGGGUGCAUUGCUUCUUGGUUGCAGUUUGCAUAACAAUUUAGAGCUUGGAGAGAUUGCAGCGACACGUUGUAUUGAGUUGGAACCUGACAGUUCUGGAUAUCUUUCUCUUCUUGCAAAUAUUUAUGCUUCUUCAGGAAGGUGGGAUGAUGCUGAGAGGUUGAGAAAAGGUGUUGAAGAAAAGGGAUACAACAAAUUGCCUGGUUGCAGUUGGAUGGAAGAAGUAAAAGCUUAGGAGGUCUUCUUUGCAAUGACGUGAUUCCAAGUGUAUUACUUUAGUGUAUCUGAGCUCUGUCAACGUCAUCCAUGAUAGGGAAGUAAUGCGAUGACUGGUUACAAUGACCUCCCUUCCACCCUUUGCUUCAAUAGGAAAUUACUUGAUGAAGAUGACCGCUAAUUGGAGUGGAAAAUAGGUGAAAUGAGACACUGUAUUUUGUCUCAAUUGCAACAGCAAAAUGAUCAUCGAGGCACCUCCAAAAUUUAUAUAUCACGCCGGUAUCGGAUAUGCACUCUCAAAGUUGAAGUGCCUACGUGUCUGCCAAUUUGAGAGUUCAAUAUAGCUGCAAUUGUUGUUGCCGCUAAAGCCCUUUUCUUGUUGUAGUGAGUUAUCAGGUAAGGCGGUAAUAGAUUAGCAGGUAUCUUGUAAAAUUAGUUGAGGCGCGCUUAAGCUGAUUGAGACACCACAAUUAUCUACUUAAACACAAGGUGAUUUUCUUCAUGUAUAAAGUUACCCCGUACUUGUGUUA